GUUCGCUGCAAGCUCGCGGAAGCUGUCCGACAAACGGAAGCGUUACAUCAGGACGAUAUAUUCUUAUUGACGGCUAUCACUUUUUUCCAGUCUUCUGCGUACCUCAGGUGUAACCGCGCUGGAAGAGGAACUGCAACGGCAACAAAGAGGAUGAAGGUCACCCGAAAGGACACUGCCUACUGCCCGUGCUUCUUGAAUGUGCAGCUGCGAAAUGAUGGCAGUGUGGUUACCAAAGGGUGCUUCGGUCAUGCAGGACAUAGUCUGGAACCUGCACUAUUACGUUUAUCGGUGGAGCAUCGAGAGUUCUUGAAGCAGUUGCUAGAAGAACACACCAUUGGUUAUAUUCUUGAACGACUGCGUAAUGAGUACCGUCACAGGAAUCCGAGACUUUUUUUCGUUACCAAGGACGACUUGAAGAAUUUAGUGGAAAAAUACAACCUCAGACCCGGGCGACGGCAUCACAAUGACUUGACUUCAGUGUCAUUACGCGUGCAGGAGGGCAACCCUCUCGAUGGUAUAAGGCUAUAUGUUCCACCCGACGACCCCAGCGGCAGAGGUCUUCUAAUGGGUAGGUAUCCGCAACGAAGCAAAUUUGAUUGUAUUUUUUCACUCACAAAGUAUUCCAGUGAUCGUGACUCCUCUUCAACUCGAUUGGCUGCGAAAGUUCUCGAAAAAGGGGUGUUAGUCUCGACGACACUCAUCCAUACCACCCGGUACCACAUAAAGUUGGCAACACUUGUUGUCCCAGAUGAAAAAGACAGAGGCUUACCCGCAGGAUUCUUGAUAAGCGGUACAAUGACUGCGGUGGACGUCGCCAAGUUCUUCGAUGUUAUCAAACAGCUCAUUCCUGAUUUUGAGCCCGAGACUAUAGUUACGGAUGAAGCUCCCUGUUUUUGGAAUGGAUUCCGAUUAGUUUUCCGAAAGCACGUACACGACUGCACUACUGUCGAACACAUAUCGCACAGACGUGGAAGAGGAAAAUCAAAGAAUUAG